GUCAUGAUGCCGUGGACGUGAUGGUAACUUCUAAACACGGCAGUACCGACGUCGAAGAAGUCCACUGAGCCCUCAUCCCUGUCCUCCUGGAAGCGCAUGUUCUGCUCGAUACUUCACGAACAACACUCAUUCUUCAGCAGCUAACCAUAUCGGACUAACGAAUGGGACUACACGGCUACAGCGUCGUGACCUCCACGGAACAGUCUGGGCUCAUGAGCGUGCAGCGGCCUACACCUCCUACACCACGGGCCAAUCACGAGACGAGAAGUGCUACCCGGAAUCUACGUACCCAUGCAUUGGCGUCCAACGUUGUGCGACUAUAUCGAAUCUCUUGCGGGACGCCAUUUCAUCGCCUCAGCAUCCCGCUGGCGAAUCGGCAACUACGACCAGACCCGACGCACUACUGGCCAGAGAUCAGUACGCUUGCAGUAGGCCGACGUUUGAACUCGGCAAAUACCCUGCCAAAGUAUGCCGGCAUGCCGGCGUAAUGGUGUGAAACUAGCCGCAGCGGUUCAUGCACGUAAAGCCGUUAGCAGCGAGUCAGAUGCAAGGGACUGAGCUUUGGCCAUGGCCGUCAAUGAGCUUGAUCAGACGUCCUUUCAACGCCGCGCUCUGAACACAACGAUCCAUCAUCCAGGGA